AUGACAAAUUCAUCCUUCAAAAAUUUCCACGUGGGUAGAGUUAAGAGUAAAGAGAAAGGUGGCCAUUAUCCACAGCAGGAAGGGGUGAGAUUACAUUACAUUGAGAAGAAAAUAUCCAUCCCUUAUCCGAUUCAUCACAUUACGUGUACACACUUGGUUGGAGAAGUAGAUCAUAAUCUCAUCCUCACUACAUUGCGCCAUGCAAUAUCCACCAGGAGUUCGAAACUGCUCGUACCUGCGGGCCAAAGUAGUGGCUCAGCGUACUCCAUGCCUUCUACCCCUUUGCUUUUUAGUGGUUGCAAUAGAUAUCAUUCGUUCCUAACCGUUCACAAUUCACAUUUACAACAAUACUCUCUUUCCCGCACCAAUUGCAGACGCCACAAAGGAGUAGUCACCAACAUGGCUGCACAAGCUCUUGUAUCAUCUUCAUCUCUUACCUUCUCAGCGGAGGCUGCCAGACAGAGUCUUGGACCAAGAUCACUCCAAUCUCCUAUUGGCUUCUCCAGAAAAGCCUCCUUCAUUGUUAAGGCAGCUUCUACUCCCCCUGUCAAGCAAGGAGCAGACAGACCUUUAUGGUUUGCAUCAAAGCAAAGUCUUUCUUACUUGGAUGGCAGCCUUCCCGGUGACUAUGGAUUCGACCCUCUGGGGCUUUCAGACCCUGAAGGAACAGGAGGGUUCAUCGAGCCCAAAUGGCUAGCAUAUGGUGAGGUCAUCAAUGGUCGUUUUGCAAUGUUGGGAGCAGUUGGGUCCAUAGCACCUGAAAUUCUUGGCAAGGCUGGUCUGAUCCCUCAGGAGACAGCACUCCCAUGGUUCAGAACCGGUGUGUUCCCUCCUGCAGGAACAUACAACUACUGGGCAGACUCCUACACACUCUUUGUGUUUGAGCUGGCGCUUAUGGGGUUUGCAGAGCACAGAAGAUUCCAAGAUUGGGCCAAACCAGGGUCUAUGGGCAAACAGUACUUCUUAGGACUAGAGAAAGGUCUUGGAGGUUCUGGUGAGCCAGCAUACCCCGGAGGACCUUUCUUUAACCCUCUUGGUUUUGGGAAGGAUGAAAAGUCCUUGAAGGAUUUGAAGCUGAAGGAAGUGAAGAAUGGAAGGUUGGCUAUGUUGGCAAUCUUGGGUUACUUUGUUCAAGCUCUGGUGACAGGUGUUGGCCCAUACCAAAACCUCCUAGAUCAUCUGGCUGACCCCGUGCACAACAACGUCUUGACCAGUCUCAAGUUCCACUAA